GCCCGCCCCGCCCGCGCCGCCGCGGGGGCGCUGAGGGGGCUCUGAGGGGGCUCGCGGCCCCGCAGCGCCGGCUGGGCCAUGUCGGCGCUGGAGUGGUUUGCGCACAAGCCCCUGGGCGGCGGUAUCUUUUGGAUCCAGGAGCGCUUUUACGAAUCCGGCAACCGGGCCAACAUCUGGCUCGUGCGGGGCUCGGAACGAGACGUGGUGAUCGACGCGGGGCUGGGGCUGCGCAGCCUGCCCGACUACUUGCGCGACGCCGGGCUGCUGGCGCCGGCCGAAGGCGCCGGGCCGCGGCCGCUGCUGGCCGUAGCCACCCACGUCCACUUCGACCACUCGGGCGGGCUGCAACACUUCGACGAGGUGGCGGUGCACAGCGCCGAGGCGGCGGCGCUGCUCCACGGCGACAACUACGAGGCCGUGACGUGGCUGUCGGACCGGGAGGUGGCGCGGCCGCCGCGGCCCGGCUGGAGCGCACGGCAGUUCCGCGUCCCGCCCGUCCGGCCCAGCCGCCUGUUGCAGGAGGGGGAUGUGAUCAACCUCGGAGAUCGACAGCUCACUGUCAUGCACAUGCCUGGUCAUUCACGAGGCAGUAUUUGCUUACAUGACAAGGACAGGAAGAUUUUGUUCAGCGGAGAUGUGGUAUAUGAUGGAUCUAUGAUCGAUUGGCUUCCCUACAGCAAGAUCAGUGACUACGUUGUAAGCUGCCAGCGCCUGAUGGAAUUAGUAGACAGAGGUCUUGUGGAGAAGGUACUACCUGGGCACUUUAACAUGUUUGGAGCAGAAAGGCUGUAUCGGUUAGCUUCCAACUACAUUUCCCAAGCUGGAGUUUGUCACAAGAUUUCUACCUGUGCUAUGAAAUCCAUUGCAAGCAUAGCACUUCAUGUUGCAAAUUCAAGAAUCACUUCUCAGUGACAGUUAAUUUUGUGUGAUAUGUCACCUGCUGUGUAACUAAAUGGGUUGUGAAAGCAUCGGUAACAAGCAGAAGCAGUA